GACAUAUUAGUGGUGGGAAAAAAAUUGGUACUACUGGAGAGACCAAAAAAAAAAAAAAAGAGAGUUAGGUAAAGCUUUUUAGCCUUCUACUGAUUUUAAUUGAUAAAGAGAGAAAAAAGAAAGAAGAAAGAAGCCAUGUUUUGAGGAAGGAGACAUGCAUCAUCUCAACAUUGCAUGAUUUUUUAUUUAUCUAUUCUCUCUAUCUGCAUCUUCAUCAAAUCCAUAGAUUCUCUCUGAUUUUGUGUAAAUUUAGUCGCUUUAUUUGACUACUUGUACUCUGCUUUGGGAGGAAAAAAAAACCAUUUUUGGUGACUGAAAGAAAACCACCUCUUGUCUCUUGAUGGAUCUACUAUGGUCUGGAGAUUGAUUAGUUAUUUCAGACAAUGCAAGAGUUUCACAGCAAAGAAUCAUUGUCUUAUCCUGUAACUUCUUGGGAAAACUCUGUCUUCACCAACUCAAAUGUCCAAGGAUCAUCAUCCAUGACCGAUAACAACACUUUAAGCUUGACGAUGGAGAUGAUGUCUACCCAUUUCCCUGAGAUGAAACAAACUGUUUUUCAAUUGCACGACCAUGAUUCCUCCUCUACUCAAUCCACUGGAGGAGAAUCAUACAGUGAAGUUGCUAGCUUAAGCGAACCUAAUAAUCGUUAUGGCCACAACAUUGUUGUUACUCAACUCUCAGGUUACAAAGAAAACCCGGAGAAUCCUAUUGGAAGUCAUUCGAAGUCGAAGGUGUCUCAAGAUUCAGUUGUUCUUCCUAUUGAGGCGGCUUCUUGGCCUUUACACGGCAAUGUAACACCACAUUUCAAUGGUUUCUUGUCUUUUCCGUAUGCAUCACAACACAUGGUGCAGCAUCCUCAAAUUGGAGGGUUGGUUCCUUGUAGAGUGCCUUUGCCUCACAACAUUCCAGAGAACGAACCAAUUUUCGUCAAUGCAAAACAGUACCAAGCCAUUCUCCGCCGCAGACAGCGCCGUGCAAAGCUUGAAGCUCAGAACAAGCUCAUCAAAGUCCGCAAACCAUACCUUCACGAGUCGCGCCACCUUCAUGCGUUAAAGAGAGCUAGAGGCUCUGGUGGGCGUUUCCUCAACACAAAGAAGCUUCAAGAAUCAAAAUCUUCACAAGCUCCUCCAUUCUUGGAUCCACCGCAUGUCUUCAAGAACUCUCCAGGAAAAUUCCGGCAACGGGACAUUUCAAGGGGUGGGGUCGGGUCUAGUGGCUCGACAACAUCUUGCUCGGACAUAACCGGGAACAACAACGACAUGUUCCAACAAAACCCACAAUUCGGGUUCUCAGGUUAUCCAUCAAACCACCAUGUCUCAGUCCUCAUGUGAGAGGGCUCCGGCAAGUGGUUGAUGAAAUCAUGACGGGAAGUCAUCCUUGGCUAUAUCAUUGAUCCAUUAAGUUUCUGUCUUUUAAAACUGCUUUCGUUCUACAAUCUCUGCUGCAAAAGAAGUUGAAAUCUUUCGACUAUUAUUUUCCAUUAUCUGUUUAUUUUGUUUUAUGUGAUUGUUGCUGAGUUGUUUGAUACUUGAUUUAAGUUUAUUAGCUUCGAUUAAGUGCACCCACAUGGAUUUGUGAUUUAUGUAUGUAAUGUAUAAUUAUUUGUUUGUAGAGCUCACUUUUGUUGCCCUUUA